GUUUUUGGUGUUCAUUCUUUCGUUGGAGAAACCCGGUACUCGGCCAUGGCGUUCUCGACUCUUAUCAGAUCUGCAGCUCCUUUGAUCGAAGGAUCUCGCUGUGACCUCUCUCACUUUGAUUCUGGAGUUCGUGGUCCUGAAUUCUGCAAGGCAUCUCCUGUUAGCGUUAAUCGAAGUCUCGAUUCGGUUAGGCUUGACACUAGCAUUUUCGGUACCAGUGUUUCUUGUAAAUCAUCUUCCAUACAGAAAUGCAGCGCCAGGAGUAUUCAGCCUAUCAGAGCCACAGCUACAGAGAUGCCCCCGACAGUUCUAAAAUCACGGAGCAGUAGCAAAACAAAGAUUGGAAUCAAUGGUAAGCUUUCUUAUACCUUUGGUUUAUAUGAUCUUAUUUGUUGUCUAAGUUAGAUUGAAAACCUUCUG